AUGACUACGGUCUUCCUGUUUUGCACCGCCGACGUGCCAGCCAGGAAGGUCGAUGAAUGGGGCACCCAACCCCCAGUUGAAGACUUUACCACUGGCUUCGAAGACGCCAGUGACACUGAUCUCCGCCUCUACACUCGCAAUCGGAUCGAGGAGCUCAAAAACACAGGCGACGAGGGCCAACUUUCUCCCGGGUGGGUGGCCAUACUCGACGAGCGCUCUGCUCGGGACUCGACUGUGAUUUUGCAACUAUGCGAGGAGAAAUCGCUCUGGGCUACGGAGCUUGAAGAUACAGAGGUGGAGUAUCAUGUCCCGGGGGAAGCGGAUGUUUAUCAGGAUGAGAUCUGGUGGAAAUGGCGGGUGAGAUUCACGGAUGCGGUUCAGUUGUUUGUUAGCCUUGAUGACGGGGAUUUCCGUGCCAUGCAGUGGUAUACGCGGCCGGAGGGGUAUGGUCCUGAUGGGGUUUAUGCUAUGGCUGUGUAGUUGAUCCAUCUUUAUGCAUUCAUUAUUUAGUUAUUCGGUUAGUUACUAGUACAGCGGACGAUAGGGGUCCUAUGGCCAAAGGUCGUGUUCU